UGCUUGUACCGGCAAGGUGCGGGAGGAGGCAAAAAGAUUAAAAUGGCAGAACUCCGCAAGGCAGAAGAGGAAUUGCAGAUGCUCUGCACGAUGUACUCGACACUCCGAGCAUCUCUAGAUCGACCGCUUCGGGACGGCUUGCCGGAAUUACCGGAAAGAAAUAUCGGCGAGACAUCGGGCCUAUCCAUAGACGGACGUUUGGGGGCUUCCAAAUCGAACGUAGUGUUGCUAGAGUGUCUCGAAACCAUCCGGGGACGCGUACAAAGUCUGGAAUCCGUCGUACUUAAAUUUCGCAAACGUAGAGGUGAAAACGACCCCGUCACAGGCAAUCCACGUUACGGAUCCAAAACGAUGGAUCGCGUCAACGCCCUGCUGGGAUCUUACGAAAACCUAACGGCGGCAUUGUUGAGAGUUUUUGAUGAAGAAUCGACAGACGUUUUAUCCCAUGGCAACACUGGUGCUUCUACUCCAAUCAUUCACCACAUUCGCACCAAGGCGGAACAGGAACACGCUGUGGAAAAAGCACGUUUGCGUCAAGAACGUGAAGCCAAAAAUCGACUCGAAGCAGAAGAACGGGAGUUGACACGGAAGCGUAUUGAGGAGGAGCAACAGCGUGCUGCAGCAGAACAGCACCGAAUUGCAGAAGAAGAGGUGGAACGAGAGCGCAUUAUCCGUGAAGCUCGGGAGGCUGAACGCCGGGCGCAACAAGCAAACGCACGACGGGAUCGCGAAUGGACCGACAGUAUUGCCAAAGGCACGGACGGCGUACGACUCUAUUUAGAUCAACUCGUCCACUCGACUAUACAUGAUCCCCAAGCAAAGACGAGAGCUGUAAAAGCGCUGCACACAAUGUUUGCCCAAAUUUGUGCACAUCCGGAAGAAAUCAACUUCAGACGAGUCCGACGAGAUCAUCCACGAUUCGUCACAGAUAUUGGGCAGUACGAAGGUGGGAAGGAGUUGCUGAUUGCGGCUGGCUUCGAGCUUGGAACGAUUGACGAUGUACCAUGCUAUAUUUCGAAAGAACCUAAUAUUGAAAACGAUAUGGACGGUUGGUCAGCUUGGUUCGACUUGCUCAAGGCGACACUAGAAAUUGUAAAUGAGCGUCUAAUUAAAUUGUAG